AUGAACAGGAUAAAACCGUUUCUACCCUUUCUCUUGACGUUUCUCGUUCCGAGAGGGAUAUCAUACUACCGUGCCAUCAAAAUCGCCAUCAAGACCCGUCCUCCACCACGGCCCCUUCCAGCCAAGACAUCUCGAGGCCUCAAUAUCCUCUUCCUCUCCAUAUGCCUGUUCUUCUUCAUGAGCUUGCCAUCCCACUCGCCGUCUUACCAGCCUAAUAUCUUCGAACUCACGAAAUCACGAUUUCAUAUCCCGACGGAUGUACUCUUUACUCGUCUUGCCAUGGUCCGCCCACUUACCUCGUCUGACGAAGCACUAAGAGAAAAGAUAACGACUCCAAUAAUGCGCCAACUCUACCUUCGCUUCGGUGCCACCACUCUCCUAACAUGCCCCUUCUGCCACCCUACAGAUCCCAACUCCUACCUUCUGCACCACCUCCCAACCAAUACCCUCCUCCCUCACCUGAUUCACUUCCUCCUCCUCGGCCUCGCCACCUCAACCCCCAUUUCGGGGCCCUCAACCAACGCCUUCCGCACCAAACUCUCCCUCUCCGCCCUCACCCUUGUAAUCCUAGAUUUCUACCUAACAACCACCUACUCCAACUCCAUCCCCCCUUCCAACUCCCCUUCAGUCCCACACGGCAUCUACUGGACGACUCUAACCAUCCGCCCGCUCAUAAUAUGUGCUCACGAUAUCCUCAGCUCAGCGUUAAUCUAUAUCUCCGCCACCAAUCGUCUUCCCUUUAUCUUCCCUUCAACAUCCCCAACAUCAGCACAUGACCCUGAAGUAGUGAAGAAGCGGCAAACGCAUCUCCUGACGCAGAGCUCUGUGGCGAUGCAGACGGCCCUCACAAAACUGAGGGCGUUUGGGAUUGCAAGGAGUGCAGUUGUGAGAGAUGCAGGUGUGAAUGGGUUGAAGGGGAGGGAUGAUGAGUAUUGGAGGGCCGUUGUGGGGAUGGAGGGCCCUACAAGAAGUGGUGCUGAUGGGCAUGGGGCUGGGAACAGAGAUGUAUCAGCGGGGAGUGUUUGGGAGGAAGAAGAGGUGAUGGAGGCGGUGUCCAGGGUUACUAAUGGGGGAGGGUUGGAUGUUGAGAAGGUGAGGAGGGAGGCGGACAUUUUCGUGGAGAGUAUGACUCAAUGGUUGGAGGAGGGUGUGGAGGAUGGUUAG